AUAAGCAUUCGACUUCGAAGGGAGCUUCCCAGCUCAUCACUAUGACAGACUUUAGUCAACUUGAUGACCGAGCCAGCGUGGCGAACUUGGCGCCCCUUGUGCACGUCGGGCAACGGACUCGGAGAGCUUUCAUUGGGGACAUCGGCGUGACUGUUGCUGUCGAAGGCGCUCUUUCGCCAGCACAUUCACUCUAGCUCGCUCCAAUAUUAUUGAUGAGCGCGGCGAGGCAGCUGGCUACCACACAUGGCCGAUGCAACUUUCCUACCUCCUAAACGAACCCGAUGUCUCUCGAGCCAUUGAGCACCUUUUCCACUUUCAGUACUUUUCUGCUCCUCGAUACGACACCGUGCAUGUAUCCCUUUACCAUGCAGCCAGCCGUACUUCUCCUGUGGAUGCUCGCACUGCCUCGGUCGCAAUCCGCCCCGCUCAAAGCGACGUUUGCCGCGCAUGUCGAAGGAAGUAGGAAAGAUGCAGUCGAUGUGAGUCGUGGUUUAGUCUCGCAUUCCUCGCUCGCCUUCUCCAAAACCCAACUUCAUGUUUUGACCUUCCUGCGCCUUCUUUCACCCUGCUUAGAGCGGGUCAGGCGAGUGCGACAAAAAGUGCAAGCUUCCUCACUCGAGCUCACCAGCGCCAUCCCCUUUGCAGAGCUAUAUGAGAGCGCGUCUGAGCAUCUGAGCCCCACCUCAGCAGCCAAUCUGACUCCAGGAAGUUCUUUCAAUCCUCGGCGGCUGCACAAGGAGUGCUGGAGAUCGUCGUGUCGAUGGUGGCGGGCAAAAAAGAAGUCAGACAAAGUGUUCUAUGGUGUCGCCACCGGCGUUGGCGGAUUGACUGUAGUUGCGAGCAGCGUAGCUGUCGGUGCGUGCUCUGUUUCGCGUGCAAAAUCCGUUCGACACUGUCCUGAUGCUCCACCGUCCGUAGCUAGCUGAUAUACUGACAGUGCAAUCUCUCUCUGCGAUCGGUGGCACCGUUCUCAGGUAAAAUGCACGCGGAUUACGAGGCGCGCGAGAAAGCGCGGAGGUUGAGAGAACAGAAGCGUCGAGGGGCUGAAAU